GGAGCGGGGAGGAUUCCGCUGCGAGGAGGCAUCACCUCCGAAAGCCGUCCGGGGGAGAGCGAAAAGGGCCCAGAGAUUUUGCCGGGGUCGCACGGCUGGACCAGACUAGGCCGGGAGGUGGAGCCAGGCUUCCUGGUUCUGCCGAAAUUAACCCCUCUCUCCGUUCUCCGUUCACCUGUAGCCCUGCGUACUUCACUUUCUUUGUUCUUUCUGGAAACGCUAACACCAUGUCUAGUGCUGGGGGCGCGGACGUCCAUCCGACACCGUCUCUGUCCGAGGGGAGCCUCAAGCCGCUAGUGAGGUUGAUGGGGGGCCCACUCAAGGAGACCAGCAAAGGGAUAAGUUACGACAGGGAGUUAAGCAUUUCUUGGGCCCUUAACACUUUUUUGGCCUGUGUGCAGUCGUUUAUUGCAGUUGCAGCUGCCGUCUGGCUAGCACUUUCCACGUGGUACGCCCAGUACGAGGCGCCUUCCUACAAUUACCCGUUUAAUCCUCACAGCAGCCUUCAAAGGUUUAUCGUUUGUUUAUUUAUGUCUUAGUCUCGGGUUCUAACUUGCAAGCUCCCCUGAGGCAGGGUUGUUUACCUGUCCCUUUCAUCCUUACCUUCACUAGCCCAGGACGUGCACAGUUGGAGCUUCAAACGUUUUUAAAUUGGGAGAAGGUGAGCUUUGCUGUGUGGGAGAGUUUAACCAGGCUUGUUUGGCAAGGUGGUCCCAGGGGUUUGGAAAAUUAAAUAGAGCUACCUUCUCCCUUUUUAUUUUGCUUUUGCUUUUUUUGAAUAAACAUUUACUGAGCACCCCGAAAAGGUGUUAGCUUGUCUGCUCAAGGGCAGAAUAAGGAACAAGCCCUGCUUUUGAUAGAAAAGUAAAUAUACUUAACACUACAGGCAUCUGGAGUCAAGUAUGCCAAGUUUUGGGAAAGGAAAAGUAACAGUCCCUUAUAGAUGCAUAGUACUCAGCCCCUCUGAGUCCGUUUCCUCAUCUGUACAAUGGGAAUAGUAAUACCUCAGCGGGCUGUUGGAAUUGAGUUUGAAUAGGCCGUUCUGUCACCAGUGGUUGGCAACUUUGGUUACAUGUUGAAAUCACCUGGGUCUCACCCUAGAAUUUCUGAUGUAAUUGCAGGUAAGACCUCAGUAUUAGGAGUUAUAAAUUUACCCAGGUGAUUCUAAGGGCAGCUGAACUUGAGAGCCAUUGUUAUAUACCACCCCAGGUUAAUUUUCUUAAUCUCUUUUCAGUUGUCAUUCUCACUGCUUAAGAAUGUGCACUGGCUCCAAGUGUAAAUCAGCCUUUGCAUCCCAAAACCCCUGACAACUGGCCCAGUUCUUCCUAUACAUCUGUGUGUGCUUCACACAUGGUCCUCUUUUAGGCCAGUCUUCUUACCAUGCCCUGUCUCCUUGCCUUACUAACAUCUUAUCUUCCCUGGCGUUGGGGCUUUGAGCAAAUGACUUCCUCUCCCUAGGCUUCGGUUUCCUUGUCCGUGAAAUGAGCAUAGUAGUACCCAUGUGUGUAGCGUAUGGCACAGUCAGUGCCUAGCAAGUUGUACCUACUGAUGAUGGUUACCAAUUUUACUCACAUCCCACAUCUUACAUCAUGCUGUUCUCCUAUCAUGGUGCUAAAGAAACAUUUCUUAAAUGCCUAUUGCAGAUAUGGAGAAUAGCGAAUUCAGUCCUUUCUCCUUGGCUGUGCGUUCCAAGUUCAGCACAAGACAAGUCUUCCACAAAACUGUGAAACUAGAGAUUAUCUGGUUUGUCUUAUUGAAUUUUUUUAAAGGACAGCUUUAUUGAGAGAUCAUUCACAUACCAUAAAAUUCACCCUUGUACAAUUCAGUGAUUUUAAUAUAUUCACAGAGUUUUGCAGCCAUCACCAUCACUGCAAUCUAACUUUAAAACAUUUUCAUCACUCCAAAAUAAACCCCAUAACUAUUAGCAGUCACUCCCCAUUUCUCCCUUCCCCUAACACCUGGCAAUCACUCAUCUACUUUAUAUCUCUAUGGAUUUGCCUAUUCUGGACAUUUCACAUUAGUGGUCUUACACAAUAUGUGGUCUUUUGUGACUGGCUUCUUUUGCUUAGCAUAAUGCUUACAAGGUUCUUGUACAUUGUGGCGUGUAUCAGUACUUCAUUCCUGUAUUGCUGAUGAUAUUCCAUUAUAUGGAUAGACCACAUUUUGUUCAUUCAUCUAUUGUGGGCAUUUGGAUGUUUCACCUUUUGGUUAUGAAUAAUAUGCUGUGAACGUUCACCUACAAAUUCUUACGUAAUCGUACUUUUUCAGUUCUCUUGUAUCUAUGCUUAGUAGUAGAAUUGCUGGAUCAUAUGGUUACUCUGUUUAACAUUUGAGUAACUUUCAGACUGUUUUCCAGUCCUGUUCCAUUUGAAGAUGAAGAAACUGGGCUCAGAGAGCUGAAGUGGGUUGUGCAAGGUCACAUGAUAAUAAUGGCAGCUUUGCAUAUAUGGGAGACCUACUGUGAGCCAAAUUCUUGGUGUGCAUGCUGUCACAUGGGCAGAGGUGACACUAGAUCCCGAAUUUUGAGGUUUUGUGAAAAACAGUGUUUUGUGACAGGAACCCUCCUGUCACACACACUUGGGUUGGAGUACAGAGUUCUUGCUGUCAAGUGUCAUAGCUCAUUCCUGCUUUUUUUAGAGUAUAACAGCAAUCUGAAAGGGAAAAUCCUGAGCAAACCAGGCAAAUUAAAAUAUAACUUUUCGUUUUUGCUUAUUUGACAGAAUUUAAUUGCAAGUCCUUGAAGUUAGCCAUUAAACGUUUUCUCUUUUUUUAAAAUCCCAAAUGUAAUAUGUACAAGUCAAAUACUAAUCAGAGGUUAAUUUAUAAAAAUGAAAAUCUCAUAAAACUCCAAAUCGUUCCUGGAAAUCCCUAAAAGUUCCUCACUAGAGACCCACAUCCUGCCUCAAAAAAGCCAACACAGCAUUGUUUAUUUUGCUUUGGAAUAAAUUGCCGUUUCUUCAACUGAAUGCUAAAUGCAGUAGUUGGCUUGGGUUGAGGGAUAAGUCGGCGAGUGAAAAUCUAGUUAAAAUGUCCCUGGAAGAAAAUUUCUUGAUUGCCCAUUAACGCGCAGUGUGCAGGGUUUUGUUAUGAACACUAUACAGCAAUAUGUGUGCAGAUGUGUGUGUAUAUAUACAAUGUGUACAGUCGUGCUUGGUAUGUAAUUCCAUUGGGGGGUCUUAUUUAGAAAUUAUUCUAGCGUUUUGCUGCUUGGAAUACUUUGGCAAUACUAUGCAGGUUCCAACUUGCUGAUUCUUAUUUUUCAUAGUUAUCUUUGUAAUUGAUCUCUUCCUUUGUGUUUUUCUUUGUCCUCAUUUAAUUCCUCAACUUCUUUGUGAGAGUAGCUAAAGGUAUCAUCACACAUUGGACGAGGCUCUUAAUUUCUUUUUAAUGGUCAUGAACCCUUAAAACCACUCGCCUUCCUUCCUCAGGUUUUGCACCUUCCUCAGCUGUUUCAGGCUUGGCUGUGUCCACCCAGUGGGGUGCUGCAUGUGGGAGUGUAGUGAGCACGUAAAUCACCAGUCUUACUUUUAUCCUUUUGAGGGCUUGGAGCCGUGUAGGUUAAACGUGGGUGAUGGGCCGGCCCCGUGGCUUAGCGGUGUGCGCGCUCCGCUGCUGGCGGCCUGGGUUCGCAUCCCGGGCGCGCACUGACGCACUGCUACUCCGGCCAUGCUGAGGCCGCGUCCCACAUACAGCAACUAGAAGGAUGGCAGCUAUGACAUACAACUAUCUACUGGGGCUUUGGGGGGAAAAUAAAUAAAUAAAUAAAAUUAUAAAAAAAAAAACAAACACGUGAGUGAUGCAGCUCUGCUGUAUCUUCAAGCACCAGAUAUGUUCUCAGCUGAAAUCACGCCCAGUCCCAGGACUGAGGGAGCAGCAGGUUCAAGUCUCCCGUCUUAUUUCAGGGCAUCUGCUUGUAGAGUGGAGUGGCUGGCCCAGUCUCAUGCACUGUUUACUUCUUUCUUUCUCUUGCAUCGGAUUGUUACCCUCAGUUAAAUGCAUCUGCUGUGGCUCUAUGUCUUUAUCGUACAGUACACUCAACUUUGCUUCCUUCCUUUAGCCCUUAUUGAACUGCAGCCUGUUGUGCUACCUCCGACUUGCUUUUGUAUCAUUGUGUGCUUGUUUUGUCUCCUAGGGUUGAGUGUAAGGCCUGGAAGGGAGAGGUACUGACUUCGGCUUCCUUUACUCCCUUGUAGUGCUGGGUGCACAUUACCCUUGAAAAAUGGCGGAAGCAGUUUUCCAUGCCCCAAAGAGGAAAAGAAGAGUAUAUGAGAAUUAUGAGUCUCCAUUGCCAAUCCCUUUUGGUCAGGACUGUGGUCCUAAGAAAGAAUUCAAGAUAUUCCGUGCCGAAAUGAUACACAACAAUGUAAUCGUGAGGGAUGCGGAAGAUAUUGAGCAACUGUAUGGGAAAGGUUAUUUUGGAAAAGGUAUCCUGUCUAGAAGCCGGCCAAACUUCACAAUUUCAGAUCCUAAGCUGGUUGCCAAAUGGAAAGAUGUGAAGACAGGCAUGCCUAUAAUCACGUCAAAGAAGUAUCAGCGUAGUAUAGAAUGGGCCACAAAGCUCAUGCGAAGACAGGGGCAGGACGAGAGCACGGUGCAUAGAAUUCUCAAGGAUUACAUAGAACCCCUUGAGCAUCCCUGUAUAAAAAGGAAUGAAGAAGUUCAAUUGCAUGAGGAGCUGAACUCUGAAAUGGUUUCCAAAAUGGAAGGCACAGCAGGUAGAGAGAAACUUUCUGUGGUGAAUGGGGGCUCGGGAAGGUCGAAUGAUGUGGAGGAUCCCAGCAAGCGAUCAGACUGCCUGCAGGAGGGCUCUGGGCAUGCCCCACCAUCUACAGACAGCUUGGAUGCACACGUGGUCGAGGGCCCUACACCCCUGCCCCACGUCCAUGGCGGCAAACAAGACGUUCUCCUCCCCCUGUGUGGCGCUGAGCCUGAGGACGGCAGCCAACGAGCGGGACCCAUCUGUGCCGGAGAGAAAGGACCUGAUCAUGAGUACGUGCUCGUGGAGGAAGUCGUGUGUGAGGAGAGCAAGGGGGAGGAUGCCCCAAAUGAGGAAUUGGUGCAGAAGAAGAGACUAAUAUGCAGAAGAAAUCCUUAUAGGAUCUUUGAGUAUUUGCAACUCAGCCUAGAAGAGGCCUUCUUCCUGGUCUAUGCCCUGGGAUGUCUAAGUAUUUACUAUGAGAAGGAACCUUUAACAAUCAUGCAACUCUGGAAAGCUUUCACCGUAAUUCAGCCCGCAUUCAGGACUACGUACAUGGCGUACCAUUACUUCCGAAGCAAGGGCUGGGUGCCCAAAGUGGGACUUAAGUACGGAACAGAUUUGCUGCUGUAUCGAAAAGGCCCUCCGUUUUACCACGCAAGUUACUCUGUCAUUAUUGAGUUAGUCGACCACCAUUUUGAGGGCUCUCUUCGCAGACCUUUCAGUUGGAAGUCACUGGCCGCCUUGAGCAGAGUUUCGGUUAAUGUGUCCAAGGAACUUAUGCUGUGCUAUUUGAUUAAACCCUCUGCCAUGACUGACAAAGAAAUGGAGUCACCAGAAUGUAUGAAAAGAAUUAAAGUUCAGGAGGUGAUUCUAAGCCGUUGGGUUUCUUCGCGUGAGAGGAGUGACCCAGAAGAACUCUGACAAUUCCGCCCCCGAUUUCACCAGUGGAUACUUCCUGAGUCUCCCAUGAGAAGCCACGUUUAGGGCGAGGUCAAGAGUCCUUUUAUUGUAAUUGCCCAAUAAUUUAAAAGUUUUCAAGGGCCUGGGGCUCCCAGCACCAGAAAACUGUUAGUGUUUUAAAAGAUACCAUUAGCCAGGGGAAAAAGAAGAGCCCUGAGCUGGACUUGCGAUCCUGUCCUUGAAUCUGUCCCUGACUGCCUGACCCUGAGCUUCUCUCCUGUGGGCCUCCGUCUGUGUCCUCAUCCGUCCACCAAGGACGCUGGACUAAAUGAGUCCCAAGAGGACUCUUUCAGCACCAAUGAAAUUCUGUUAUUCUCUGA